UUUAGAAGUGUGAGUUAGAAAAUGCAGCCAAAAAAAAAACAAAAACAAAAACAAAAACAAAACAAAACAAAACAAAAAACCCAAGCAAACACAACCUUGCCAUUUUUAUAGUUUACUUUGCUCUUUUGUUUGUAAGGUGGGCCAGCAAAGGAAUGUUUUGGCUUGGGGAAAUUCAGACCCUAUUGUUUCUUACUACUUCUGAGGUCCCAAGAUAAAUAUUUAAGACCUAAUAUGCUUCUGGUAUUGUGUAAGGUGAUGAAAGAGGUAAAAAUUCACUACCUAGGUCUGGAGAAGAAAUUGAAGAAUAAAGAAAUGAGGAAAAGGAAGUGAGAGAGGAAAGGGACAGGAGAAAGGAGAGGUAAGAGUUGGGGAAAGAGAGAUGAGGAUGGAGAAAGUAGGAAGGAGAGAAUGAAAGGCAGGUUAGAGAAUCAGAGGACAGAGAAGAUAUAGGAUACAUAUAUAUAAAAAAAGGCAUUGAAAUAGAACAUCAGGGAGUGAGAAUUAAUUAUGGUGGAUACCGCACCACAUGGUCUGUUAAGUUAAUAAGAAUAAUAAAUACAACAUAAAGUUUUAUUAGAGGAUUUUUUUUUUCUUGAAAAGAGCUGGGGGAGGGGAAAGAUGAUGAGAGAGAUGUGACUGGGGGCGGGGCAGGGAGGAGACUGGGAGAGGCAAAGGUAAAUUCUGCCAACUUAAACAUUUUGCCCAAGGCUGCCUUGCUUAGCCUACCUCUCUAGUAUUCUCUAGAAUACUACCUCUACCUCUAGUAUUUUCACCUCUAUUAGCCCCGUAAAGCUGCGUAAGUAUUUGUUGAAGGAACUAAAAUCCUCCUCCCCCACGUGGGGACUAAAAGUCAUUUCGGAGCUGGGAGCCAGGAUGAUUCACCUAACGUAAGACUUGUGAUGAUGAGGUGGAAGCCUGGCGUGCGGAAUCCACUUGAAUUUCAGAACCAGUUGAGACUUGUUUCUUCCUUUGCCUCCUUCCAAAUCAGUUCACCCUUCAGAGUCCACCAACUGCAGCAGCAGCCAACGGAAACUCGACCUGAAGUUCGGUCCCAAGGUGGGAGAGAUGCAGCCUCAGCAACGACAUUAUAAAGAAGCUAAAGCAUGGACCACCAUUCGAAGGUUAGAGACAAGGUGCUCUUUCUGCUCGAUCCGGAGCGGUGGCUCGGGGUUUAUAGGCAUACCAGGACAAGAGGGAAUGUGAGUAGUGGGGACCUGGAGAAUGGAGGAGAAACUGAACCGGAGCUAUACUGCCCUCCUCCCGACUCCGAAAAAGAGCUGACUCGAGAGAGCAGUCUAGAAGGCCCGCUGGGAACUGAACCCAAGAACUUGCCGCCUAAACCUCCCAGGUCUGUGCUAGUGCGGGUCGUGGAUUACCAAGUGAAGCAGGAGAUUCAGCAAACCGCGUGGGUGAAAGGAAAGAUGACUCUGAAAACCGAGGAGCGCUCCAUGAGUUCUAUUAGUUUCUGGACCUACAAAGGAUAGAGUGAAGUCUCUGAAACUACCUGGAAAUUGGCAAGGGGAAGUGGGGAACUGGACUUGGAAUCUACAAUACAGAUGUCGCAAAGGAAGCCACGUUGUGCCUAAACCCCAAAAGAAGGAUUUGAUCGGACUCCUUUAUUCCUGGAGGAGAAAGAAAACAGACCAGUGAAGGCUGUGGUCUGGUGGCAACGACGAGAAUUUCCAAGAAAAAGGAUGCUUCUUGUAUUUGAAACUCUAAAGCAUUUCAGCUCCCAAUUAACUGACCAAAAAGUCAGUUUUAAAACUCUGAGGCAAUACAACCGGGAGGGGAGGCGGAAGAAAGUAUAGAAAUCUUUAUGCAAUUGUAACCAAAAUGUUCUCUCUUGUGACUGAUAUUCGAUACUGUGACAGUUUGGGGCAGCAAAGUACUACUGAGGAAUUGGAGGAAAUAACUUCCUUCUUGUGCUUAGCGGUAAGUGGAAGUUUGUUUUGGGGGAAAAAAAAGAAAAGAAAGAAACUUUUCUAAAUAAUUUUUAAACAGUAAACUUAGAACAAAAAUUCUAUUUAGUUAAAAGCUUCCUUCCGACUUAUCUG